AUUUUGAGUUAAUGAGAAUUAAUUUUCUUCAGAAAAUUAUUGUGUCGAAAAUUUCACCAGAGUGUGACUUAGUACACUGGCUCUCUCUAGCUGUCACACAAAUAUUACAUCAAACAACUAUAUUCGGGCAUGUAUAUUGGUGUGCGUCAUUACUCUACACUAACAUAUUACAUACUUCAUACUAUUGUCGUUAAAAUCCAACUCAACAUUCGCAAUAAUUAAUCCAAAUCGAAAUCCAGCUCCAAUAAUUAAUAAAUUUAUUUAUUAUUGUCUUCUAAUAAUAAUAAUACCUCUUACAUAAGUUUUAAAAAUAAGAACUGCUGUGUAACAAACAAUAGUGCUCGUGAGAAAAAUAGUUAAUGACAAUUAUUAACCAAGUAAAUUGAAUAAUUGCAGUUGGGAACUUGUGAUCUUCAUCGGGAGCACACCAUAAAAGUCAUUGAUCGUAGUCGUAAUUUUUUUUACACCAGUCCCACAUAUUUAAAGAUUUUAAUCAGCAAUUACUGUUAUAAAUUGAUAAAAAAUUUUUUAUAUACACUUAAAUUAUUUUUAAAAUAGUAUAAUAAAGAUUUUAAAUGCAACGUGCAAUGAAUAACCAACAAUUAAAUAUUUGCAAACAGUGUAAUUAUUGAUAAUGAGUUAGUUGUUAAUCAAUAUUUAUCGGAGGUCAGUUAUUGGUUAUUUAAAACCGAUCCAGUGUAAUUGUUUUUAUUUAUAACAAUAAAUAAUAGUAACGAUGGCUGCUACUUUUGAUCAAUAUGAUAAAUCUAGCUGGUACUUUGGUGCAAUGUCACGGCAAGAUGCAUCGGAUUUACUAAUGGGCGAAAAAGAAGGUGGAGUUUUUUUAGUAAGAGACAGCACAUCAAUACACGGUGAUUUUGUGCUGUGUGUUAGAGAAGAUAGUAAAGUUAGUCAUUAUAUUAUUAAUAAAAUUCAACAAGCUGAUCAAAUACUUUAUCGUAUUGGAGAUCAAAUAUUCCCAGAUAUUCCAAACUUAUUGGCGUUUUAUAAGUUACAUUACUUAGACACGACGCCGCUUAUUAGGCCAGCGCCGAAAAAAUUACAAAAAGUUAUUGCUAAGUAUGAUUUUGAGGGCAAUGAUCAAGAUGACUUACCAUUUAGAAAAGGUGAAAUAUUGACAAUAAUUUCAAAGGAUGAAGAGCAAUGGUGGACAGCAAAAAACAACGUCGGACAAAAAGGAUCAAUCCCAGUACCUUACGUUCAAAAAUACGAGGAAGAAAAUCCGGCUAAUGCAGUCGAUAGUGCAGUAAGUGGAGUGCAAGAGAUAGGUAGCGGUGGUGGUUCUACUUCAAAUUCUAUAAAUCUUUCAUCACAAGCGAUAUUACAGCAGGCACCAGUUAGUCAGGAUUCGCCAGUAGUAACAACAAUCCAGCAACAGCAAGUGACACGUCGUUCAAAUAUACAAAGAACAUUACCGGCAUUCGCAAAAGUUAAACAAGCACGAGUACCGAAUGCAUACGACAAAACCGCAUUGAAAUUAGAAGUAGGUGAUAUUAUUAAAGUGACUAAAACGAAUAUUAACGGACAGUGGGAGGGUGAGUUGCAUGGUAAGACUGGUCAUUUUCCUUUCACACACGUUGAAUUUGUUGAGAAUGAGCCGAAUGAAGAAAAUAAAGACGUAUGAGAGAGAAUAUAUAAUAUAGAAUAUAUAUAAAUACAUAUAUAAAUAAUUAUUACGAUAAAUAUAUUAUUAUUAUAAAUGAAAUAUAUAUAUAUAUAUAUAUAUAUAUAUAUAUAUGCUAUAUAUAUAUAUAUAUAUAUAUAUAUAUGUUCUUCCAUGCUAUUAUUUCUUGAGGUUGUUACCAAUCAAAGAGUUAAGUGAUGUAUAAAAAUAACUUUAUCAUUUCAUAUUGCCAUUAGCUAAUGCGUAUACCAAUUUACAUGUACCAUUUAUUAUAGAUAUUAUAUAUUACUAUUAUUUAAUAUGAUAGCAUUUGUAAACAUGGAUUCUUUAUAAUAGUGUACAGAAAUUCCAUAGCAGCGAAUAAUUUUUUACGUGCAGGAUAUUAUAAUAAUAUUUUUUAAUUAUUCAUUUUAGAUAUUAACAACAUUGAUAAUUAAUGAAUUAAGUCUUACAAAAACAUUUAGCGGUGACUGGUUAAAAGAUCUACGGAAAAAAAUUCAAUCAAUCAAUUUUUAAUAUUCCUGUAAAUUUUUUGUGACUCUACCCAUUUACUUCUUCAUAUUUUCUAUUUCUUGCCUUACUUUUUUUCAAAAGUAAUAACUCGAAAAAAAAUUUUUUCAUUUGUUAUUUUUGUCACAAAUUUUUUCCGUGUAUAUUCUGAUCUAGAGCCAAUUUAGCUGAUUUUGAUUUACUUGGUGGAUAUUAAAUCUUUUUUAGAAUAAAAAGUAAGCGAAUCAUUAUUUAAUAAAUAAUUCAAUGAAUAUAAGCAAUGAAAUACUCGUUAGCUUGAAUUUAUUUAAAACUACGAGAUGUAUACACGAGUUUAUAGAUUCUUUUAGCACUCGUUAAGAUUUAAGGGUCGGAUGUUUUUAACAUUUUAUUUUAAUGGUUUUAUUAUUUUACUACCUAUAAAUGAUGGUAACUUUAAGCGUAUCUUUAGUUAAUAUUUAUAGUGUUAAUAUUUAUUUAGUGUACAUUUGAAACGUAAUGGGAAAAAUAUUUUUACAUUAACACUUCAAUCGGGUUUUCUGUCACGUUUCAUGUGUGUAAUACAUAUUUAUAUGUAUAUAAAUUGUAGCUGUUAAUUUUCUAGUUAUACAUCACGACCCGGAUGUCUGACAAAUAAAUAAACCAGGUAACCCGGAUCAAAUUUUAAAUGACCCUGGAAUUUAAAAAUAUAGUUGAGGAAUGAAUUGUGGUAAUUGAAUUUUAUUUUAAUGUGUAACAAUGAGGCUAAAUGCUUUAAAACAUUUUAUAGAAUUAAUCGAAUGUGGGUUACAAAAUUUGUGAUCAAAAGGAACAAAUCAACAUUUUUUUGUUAAAUAAAGAUGUAAUUUUGUGAUUAAAUUUUUUUUAACAAUGAAAUCAUGAACGAAAAAUCAAAAGUUAGAAAUAAUCAACUGGUUUUUUGUAAUUUUAAAAAUUCAAAUCAAAAGGUUAAAAAAUGAUUGAUUUGAUAAUUAAAUUUUUGUUAUACAAGAGAAAAUAACAAUCAAAUGAAAUGCGUGAAAACAUAAUAUUUCUAAUGAAUAAAAAAAUGUAUAUCGACUCCAUAUAGUUAUAAUUAUUAUUUACAAUAAGAUGUAUACCACUGUAAAUCAAUUGCAUUUAUUCAUUUAAAUAGAAACAAUAUAUUUUUCACUUAAGUUUAUCUUCAAUAAUCAUUUCAAUAGAUAACCCACCGUGAGUAAAAAAAAUUAAAAAAAAUUUUUAAUUGUCAUAUCCAAUCAGUUUUAUUUAAUUUUAUGAAAGUAAUUAAUAAUUAUAAUAGAUAAUUGAAAAAGAUUUAAUUUUAAAAUAAAAAUGAUGACUUGAUAAAUUAUUAAAAGAUCUGAGUGUGACUCGAGUAUCCUAUGACUGAAUUAAUUGUUACGCUAUUAUAGAUUAUCACUGGCCGUAUAUUACAUUACCCAGAAACUCCCAGCUUUCUGUGAGUUUAAUUGAGCGUUAAUAAUAUUUAAAUCCAUGAAGAAAUUUUGUCUAUCGCUCCGGCUAUUAUUCCAUUGUGAGGAUUUUCACAACUUUUUAUUAUCUUAUUUUAGUCCAAGAAAUCAAAAGUUAUAGAAAUAAAAAUAAAAAAAAAGAUUAUUU